CCCUGUGACAUUGGAGCAGAGGUUUAACUUAUAGGCCUACCUUCAGUUAUUUUGCAGAGAGAGUUUGCACUCUGCUUAAUCAUAAACACUUCAAAAUUCAUUCUAAGAAUGACGGCGUUUUCUGUUUGUGUUCUCUUCACUUUGGUUGUUUUUGUGAAGGGCGAAGCUUUUGAUCAUCAUGGAGCCAUCUGCCCUCCCGGGUGGCUUAAGUGGCAAGAAUCCUGCUACACCUUGCUGCCUGGUAGGAUGUAUUACACCGACGCCUCGACCGAGUGCGCUAGGCGUGGCGCCGCUAUGGUCGUUCCCAAUUCACAGGAAGAGAAUGACUUCAUUUGGAGAGAAAUGAAGAAAUUGAUGGACGAAACGGGCGCGGCAUCUGACAAAUUACAGUUGUGGAUCGGUUGCAGAAAGACAAAUGGCAGACACUUAACGUGUGAAGGUGAAACGGUUUAUCACGAUUACACUGACUGGGGAGACGGGGAACCAAGCAAUGGCAAAAACGAAGAUUGCGUCAGGAUUUCCGAAGACUUUGGUGGACAUUGGGGUGACAGGAUUUGCAAGGUUCUUUACUUUGCUGCCUGUGAAAUGAAAGCUGCCUUAGCUGGGCACUGCCGGUUACCUACUCGAUUCAUCCACGUACCGCAGAUGUGUCUACUCAACCACGAGAUCAAGAGUUUUCAAGUCGGAGGCUUUGAAAGGUGUGGCUUUGCGUGUUGGGCAGAGCCUCUGUGCCACUCCUUCAAUCUCUUCGAGGAGACCGAUGGAGUAAUGAUCUGUCAACUGAACCACGCAAAUCUCUACGAGGCUGACGGUAAUGGGAUCGGCAAUCAGGAGAACUGUUUCUUCUACGAGAAGUAAGAACUGUAUCUGCAUGGACAUUGUGACAUUUUUGUGAAAUCUUUCAAUUAAAUCAUUUUAACAUUGUGGUUUUCACUUCAGCACAUUUUGAACAUUCUUAGUGGAGGUCGAGUUAUAUUAGCAAGACUAGUCACCACAGAUAGAAACUAAACUGAAGGAGUUGACACAAGAAGACUGUCCGGGAAAUGUCUGUGAUCUUUAAAUAAAUUUAAUGUUUUGUUCAUCAGCUGUGUUUUAAUUAUCAUCAUUAGUACAUAAUAGCAACAUCAAAGGUUUGAAGCAUCACAUUUAGAGUUAUGACUUAUUUGUUGAUGCUUUGUUGUGGUUUCGUCGAUUUUGUAAUAACGUAGUUGUAGCUCAGUGUAUCGUAUCCUAGCAACUUUUUUAACGACUAGUCGCGACAAAGAUUAACCACGGUAAUGUUCAUCAUUUUUGUCUGUAACAUUUUAUCGCACCAAUUGCAGGCAAUUAUAGCAGUUAUUAGUUUUAAUAAUGAUUGCAGAUGGGAACGUGUACCUUCACAGAUUGCGCCAAGAAUGGUAUUGCUUUGUUCCAAUUUGGCAAGCCAUAACAAAAUACGUCAAGAUUACUCGGUUUCGAAUUGAAUUUUUCAGUAGAAUUACAGAAGAAAACUGUUUGGAUGCAGUUAAUUGCUACAGAAUUAAGGUGAUUAUUGAUGUUUGUAGCUACGGCAUUGAGACAUGUUUUGUGAUAUUUCAAUAGUUAGUUAUAAAUUGUAUGCUCGCAUAAAAAGAAAAUAUUUCAUAACAUAUAUAUAAAUGAAUAUUUACACUCUCUCAAUUUGUAAGUGAAUUUCAUC